AUGAAUCGGCUGCGUCCCAAACCGGAGAAAAAGGAGAAGAAAUCGCGGCAUCGCCUUGCGUUUGAGCGAGUGGAGGAGAAAGAACUCUCUCCAGAAGAGAAGGAGUUCAAUAAGAGGACGAUCGACGUGAUUUCGGAAGCGUGCUCGGUGUUGAUCGAGGAGUUUUUGAACAUUUACGAGAUGAAGAAGGAGGAGAUUAAGCGGUUGGUAGUGAUCAACUUCGCUACGAACGAGAAGCGAUGGGAGUACAAGUGGCAAGUGUUGCCUGAUGGGAGCAAGGGCGAAUCGGAAGUUUAUGGCGUGUUCAGCACUGCGCAGAUGGUGGAAUGGCACGAAAUGGGCUGCUUUGUGUCCAAUCCGCUGAUUCGUCGUGUGGGACAACAAGGAACGAAAGCAGAGGAAUCGUUCACUGCUGCGGACUUCGACGCUGCGUUCGAAGAUGAGAAGGAAAAUCCGUGGAUCGCCGCGGAUCAAAUCGAUUAUUUCACAGACUAA